CCCCGCACCUCUCAGCCGCUUCCCUCUCUUCUCCGUCCCCGCAGCUCCCCUGCGCUCCUGGCCUCCCCCCUUCCUUGCCAUCUCGUGGCUCCCGCACUGUCCUCCCCUCUGCAUUUCUCCUCAGGGUCCCGAGGACCUGCACCCCUCUGCUUCCGUCGUCAUAGUGGUUACGUCUUCUCUGCGCCGGAAGGAGAACCCGCGAACACUUGGAAUGAUGGCGGCGGUGGAUAUCCGAGAUAAUCUACUGGGAAUCUCUUGGGUUGACAGUACAUGGAUCCCCAUUUUGAACAGUGGAAGUGUCCUAGAUUACUUUUCAGAAAGAAGUAAUCCUUUUUACGACAGAACGUGUAAUAAUGAAGUGGUCAAAAUGCAGAGACUAACAUUAGAACACUUAAAUCAGAUGGUUGGAGUGGAAUACAUCCUUUUACAUGCUCAAGAGCCCAUUCUUUUUAUCAUCCGGAAGCAACAGCGGCAGUCCCCUACCCAAGUUAUCCCACUGGCUGAUUACUAUAUCAUUGCUGGAGUGAUCUACCAGGCACCAGACUUGGGAUCAGUUAUAAACUCUAGAGUGCUUACUGCGGUGCAUGGCAUUCAGUCAGCUUUUGAUGAAGCUAUGUCAUACUGUCGAUAUCAUCCUUCCAAAGGGUAUUGGUGGCACUUCAAAGAUCAUGAAGAGCAAGAAAAAGUUAAACCUAAAACCAAAAGGAAAGAAGAACCAAGCUCUAUUUUCCAGAGGCAACGUGUGGAUGCUUUACUCCUAGACCUCAGACAAAAAUUUCCACCCAAAUUUGUGCAGCAAAAGUCUGGAGAAAAGCCUGUCCCAGUGGAUCAGACAAAGAAAGAGGCAGAACCUACACCAGAAACUGUGAAGUCUGAUGAGAAGGAGACCACAAAGAACAUCCAACAGACAGUGAGCACUAAAGGUCCCCCUGAAAAACGAAUGAGACUUCAUUGAAGAGUCUCUCCUCAGCCAGCCUUCCUGUGGUUCUGGGUGAUGUCCGUUCCGUCUUUUAGUUGUAUUUUUGAAGUGGUUGUUCGAGGCAGCAAACUCCGGUGUUUACCUAUGCCGCCAUCUUGGUUUCUCCUCUUAAGCAUGAACUUUUGACAUAAAGAUAUUAACUCUUUCUUUGUCAUACUUGCUUCAAGUAUUUUUCCAGCAUGGCUCCUUUUCUUAUAACUACAUUGCUGCAAAAUAUCACUUAAUAGAAAAGCACACAAAAUAUUAGAGUACAACUCAUUGUACCUGUGUAACUCAACAUUGCCAGUACCUCAGAAACCACUUUAUGUUCCCUUCUAUUUACAAUGCUUGUCCUUCUGAUUCUGAUCCCUAAUUUUUUUGGUAAUCAUUUGUUUUUUUUACAUUUUUACUAUGUAACAAUGUAUCCAUAAAUAAAUGUUUUGAUUUCCUA